GUAAAAAAAAGGGUGCGCUUUCCCUAUUUAACCGUUUGUCCAACACAUAUGCAGACUACACUACGUAGUACCUGUAACGGACAUUCUCACCGCACAUCCUCGGACCAGACAUCAUCUAAGAUGGGCGACAACAACCCAGUGAAGCAGGGAGUGGAGACCUUUGACAAGAAGUGUCUAAAGAAGACCAGUACUGCUGAGAAGAACACUCUGCCAACCAAGGAGGAUAUUGAGCAGGAGAAGAAAGCUGAAGAGGGCUCCAAAUGAAACGCCAUGGUUCCUCUCCUCCAGUCAUCCCUCUCUCUUCUCCUCCACCUACUAAAUAUGUCUAUCGCGUCUGCUUCUUUCCGUAUCGCCAUGUUAGUUAAUCACCAAGUUAGUUAAUCACCAUGUAAGUUAAUCACCAUGUAAGUUAAUCACCAUGUAAGUUAAUCACCAUGUAAGUUAAUCACCAUGGCAUUGCCUCUGAUGCUGUGGGGUUAGGGGUGCAUGGUUAGUAAAGGGAAGGCCAAUACAAUUUUAACUGUCAAAUGUUUUGAAUUGAGCUUAUUUUUAUGGAGUCUUGGUUGGAAGGGGGUGAACUAAAAUAAAGAUGGAUGAGCCAUGGUUGAACAGAAGGAAGAAAUGAACAUGUUGUGUUCACUGUCACCGUCUGUUCCACUGUCAACUUUGCCCAAUGUUCUGUCUGUACACAGUGCCAUUCUGGAUAAGUUCUGUAACAAUAACAUGAGAGAAGAUAUUUUUGUUUUAAUAAAAUGAGUGUUGUCAAACUGAA